GCCAAUGAUCAGUGCAUGGCCACUGGGCUCGAAUGACAUUUACUCUAUAUCCUUUACGUGUUUGUUUCUGCAUGUCAAAAGUGUACUUUGGGGGAUGGAUUGGAUCUGCUUUAUUUGUUAUGACAGGAGUUGUGGUGACACAGCUGCAAACUAGUAGCAGUUUGUCAGCACCUCGGCGCUCAAAGUUCAGUUUCUUGGAGUUAGUGCUGUGUAAUUACUUCUCUGCUCCCCGCUGAUUACUUCUCACAUCUGAAACUCAACAAUGAUCUGUGAAGGUCAUGUUUCAGCGCGACGCACUUGUCCGAGUAUUGUACACGUUUUCUCUUGCGGUCGUGACUUGAUUUACAGAUAACUUUUUCUUCCGAAGCAAUACCGAGAGAUAACGGGGAUGACAUUCACUCCCGUGCAGGGAGACGCGGUGUAGUUUAGUUUGAGACGCGUUUAUAGCCGAGGACAAAAGACUAUGACUCGGUCAAAACUUUGCGCCCUGAUCUGGCGGAUGAUCCUCUGAAAAGUCUCAUAUCAUAUGUAGUUAAAUUGGCCAGUUCUUAUCAGCCGGAAGAUGUUAGGAAGCCCGUCCAACAACGGUGGCAUCAGGAUGCUGGUGCCCCCGGCGCCAAACGACGACAGGCGUGUUGAGUUCGUGGCUCUCACCGCUGUCCACACCGAGCGGAGCGAGCCGUCCACCCCGGAGCGCGCACACCCGUCUCACCGCACAGGUCUGCUGGGCACCCCGCUACCCGGACCCCCUGGACCCCGGGGCAACACCUCCGCCUCAAGCAAACGGUACCGAAAAUUACAAAACUGUUUGUACAACGUGCUGGAAAGACCACGAGGAUGGGCAUUCAUCUACCAUGCAUUCAUUUUCCUGCUGGUGUUCAGCUGUCUGGUGCUCUCUGUGUUCUCCACCAUUCCCGAACAUCAUAAGAUGGCCAACGAAGGCCUCUUCAUCCUGGAGUUUGUGAUGAUUGUGGUGUUUGGAACGGAGUACUUCGUCAGGAUCUGGGCAGCUGGCUGUUGCUGCCGAUACCGAGGAUGGCAGGGACGGCUACGGUUUGCCAGGAAGCCCUUCUGUGUCAUAGACUUCAUUGUAUUUGUGGCGUCGCUGGCUGUGAUCGCAGCUGGCACGCAGGGCAACAUCUUUGCCACCUCGGCCCUGCGCAGCAUGCGCUUCUUGCAGAUCCUGCGCAUGGUUCGCAUGGACCGACGAGGAGGCACGUGGAAACUGCUGGGCUCAGUGGUUUAUGCUCACAGCAAGGAGCUGAUUACUGCCUGGUAUAUAGGUUUCCUUGUUCUGAUCUUUGCCUCCUUCUUGGUCUACCUGGCGGAGAAAGACAUCAACUCAGACUUCAACACCUAUGCAGACUCCCUCUGGUGGGGGACUAUUACCCUGACCACUAUUGGCUAUGGUGAUAAGACUCCUCGUACCUGGCAAGGGCGGCUCCUGGCAGCCGGCUUUGCUCUCCUGGGAGUUUCCUUCUUCGCCCUGCCUGCUGGCAUUCUGGGGUCAGGCUUUGCCCUGAAGGUUCAAGAGCAGCAUAGGCAGAAGCACUUUGAGAAGAGGAGGACGCCUGCUGCCAACCUGAUACAGGCUGCGUGGCGUCUCUACUCAACAGACGCCAAACACUCCUAUCUAACAGCCACAUGGUACUUCUAUGACAGCAUGUUGCCUUCCUUCAGAGAACUGACGCUACUGUUCAGUCAUCUCCAGCGACAGCGUAGCACCAAGAAGGUUCUCCACAACUCCUACCACACGCUGCUGUCUGGGCUGCGGCCCUACAGCUCCCCCUAUCUGUCGGGGGACAGCAGUAAAAUGGGUUUCCGGGAUCGGAUCAGGAUGAACAAUUCCCGUUCAUCACAAGCCAUCCGGAGCAAGACGUCCCCGCUGCCACCGGGCUCCAGUGUGCGACACUCUCCCACCCAGGAGAACGUUCCCGAGGCCACCAGCCCAGGCAAGGUGCAGAAGAGCUGGAGCUUCAAUGACCGCACACGCUUCCGCACCUCGCUGCGACUCAAACCACGGCCUCCUGCUGACGUGGAGGGGGUCGGGGAGGACAGUGUGGAAGACAAACCAUAUUGUGAUGUGGCCAUGGAGGAGGUGAUCCCAGCAGUGAAGACACUCAUACGGGCUGUCAGAAUCCUGAAGUUCCUCGUGGCCAAGAGGAAGUUUAAGGAGACGCUGCGUCCGUACGAUGUGAAGGACGUCAUAGAGCAGUACUCUGCUGGACACCUGGACAUGCUGGGUCGCAUCAAGAGCCUGCAGUCACGGGUGGACCAGAUCGUUGGGCGAGGUGCCGUCCAACCUGAUAAGAGGAUUCGCCCUGAAAAGGGAGAGAAGACGCCACCAGAACUGGACCCACUGGAUGAACUAAGCAUGAUGGGACGUGUGGUCAAAGUGGAGAAACAGGUACAGUCCAUAGAGAACAAGCUGGACCUCCUGCUCAACUUCUACUCCCAGUGCCUAAAGAAAGGCUCGUCCCACUUUACCCUGUCCUCCCUCCUGGAGCCAGACUUGACGUCAGACUACCACAGUCCCACGGACCACAGGGAGCUCUUCCCCUCGGCUAACACACUCAACAUCUCCCAGUCUGAGAGUGGGAAUUUGGAAUGACCCUGGCAGAGAAAACUGAGGGCACACACACAAACUGUUUGAACACAGACACAAACCCUUUACAGUACGUCUUCCUUUGGCUGAAUCAUCACCGCAGGAACUGACAACUAUGACAUCUCUGUUGCUCCGUCUGUCUCUUUCUUCCCCAUCACCAGGUUGAAUUUCUGUCUGCAAUGUGGUUUUAUGCCCUCCAUCUGACAACUGCAUCCUCGCCCAUCUUCUUCAAGUGAAUGUUUCUAGAGACGAGCUUUGUCUGAACGUACAGGCAAAGGCCACCAGAUGGCUCCACCUGAACAGAGCCCCAGCCAAAGCUGCUCACCGCACACUCCUCUCAAACCACUAAAUACGGGUGGAGAAGCAGAGAGGACAAAUGAACGCUACACAACUUACUACUUGACUACUGAACCAGUUUCACUCCCUCACCACUUCCUACUAUAUAUCUAUGCCUACUUUAAAGCUGCAACUGUAGAUAUCAGACUUUGAGCUCUGAAGUUUUGUAAAUGUUUGGACGAAAUCUUGUUUUCUUGUUUUCCCCAUCUCCAUUUUCUUUGUCUGUUUCUGGCUGCCUAAAUCAGUUGACUCUUCAAGGUCAUUUAAUCUUUUGACUUUGCCUGGACAUGAACAGUGCUGCAAGUGCCCUGACAGUCAUUCUUUCGGUACCUUAUCGGGCGCUGUUAUGAUUGCCAUCACACCUCUUCAUGCUUAGAUGAAUGUAGUACAUCCACAUUGCAUUCAUACCACUCGACUGACAACCAAACGCUGAAGGAGCAUCGACGCAGGAAUAAUCUGCACCCUGGAACCUGGAAGGGCAGAAUCACCCGACAUCCACCUCAUCCAAGCACCAGACCUCCCUGAGUCCAGAUCGCACAACAUGGUACUGCUGCCCAGCCAAACAAGGGAAACACAGAGAUGGAAAUUCUGGUUUAAAUGCCAAAAAUGAAGAAUGCCUUGUGUGGGAUCUCAGGUAACUGGUGGGUCCUGCACAGUGCUGUAGUUACAUCGUUUGCAGAUAUGCUUCAGUCUCAUUUCUUCUACUCAAAAGUUCUGUCUCCAACAAGCCCACUUGCAAAAAACAAGACAUUACUCCUCUUUUUGGCAAAGCUAGCAUUCAAGUAAGACAAGUUCUUAAAAAAACAGAGCCAAAAUUUCCUUCCAGAAGUUUAGAGGUAAAAAAAAAAAAAUCACAAAUUUCUUAGCCCAAGCUUGUUUCUACCAGCCCAUUUAGCCUCCUGUGUCUUGCAGCCCACCCCUCAGACGUGCAUGUUUCUCCAGUGCUGUAGAUAACACCACACUGAUCCCAGGUCCCAGAAUGUAAACGAUUCUGUCCCAUUUUCUGCAUUGCUCCUCAUCACUCACAUCUGGCCUCUGGUCAGUUGUUCCAUGUCAGCUGGUUCAGGAAAUCAGUAAUAAUUCAGUCUAUUUUAUGUAAAGUCUGGUCAUCAAAUGUUCCUUCUUUUUAAAAUAUGCACUUGCAGUAAGCAGCCUUGGAGGCGCUGGCCAGUAUAUGGUACGAUUGUGGAUAGUGAAUUGCCUGUCCAGGUCAAAACUAUGAAGUCCGGGCCAUUAUCUUGGUGAAUGCAUGUGUCUUAGGAAAUGGUUCCAGCUUUACAACGUCACCACAGACAGAUAGUAGUGUUACUGUGUCCACUUUAUCAUUUUGUUUGUUCACUUUCUUCUUCAUGCACAGCUGAUAAUCUGUGCUUGUGGACAGAACUGGAGAGUGCAUGUAGAAGCGUGCACACACACACACACACACACACACACACACACACACACACACACGCACACACACGCACACACACACAUACACACACACACACACACACACACACACACACACACACACACACACACACACACAACUCCUUUACUUAAAUACUUUUGGCACUCGACUUGAUAAAUGUAACACAUAUAUUUUGCAUUGUAUAGUUUUGUCUGUUGAUUUCUUUACUGUAAUUGUGUUCAUGCACUUGAUUUUUGCGUAGUCUAUAAUGGCCGAUGUCAAAUUUCUAUGAUUUUUUAAAAAAGGUUUGGUUUGUUAAAAAGUGAAUGUAGGGUUUAAGUUAAUAUAUUUUUAGUUUAGUUAGAUACAGUCUUUACAUAAGGUAAAUAAAUGUAGCAUUGUUGUCAAGUUGAAUCAUGAAUGAGACAGUUGAACCUACACAGCAGGUUCACACACACACACACACACACACACACACACACACACACACACACACACACACACACACACAGAAACAUUCAUUUGGUCCAGACAAGCCAGUUGACUCAGGUGCUCCACUUUUCCAUUCGAACCAAGCCUAGAUCCCAAACAGUGAAUGUACUUUAGCGUUCUGUCUCUUCAGCAUGGCAUGAUCUGGUGCUCUUGUUGCCAUGUGGGUUAUAAUGGCACUGUCACGGGACUUCAGAGAUUGCUGUUGGCAUCAUACAAUUACGCGUUCAUUUCAUUGUGAAAUGCUAAACAGCUUUAUUUUUUUGGCUUAAAUUAGCAGAGAUGCCUGCUUGUUUUAGACAGUGCUGUUACUUCAUUGUCACCUAGAGUGUUGAGCUACUUGAUAACCACUGUAUUGCAUGUUGUCGUUAGCGGUGGCCCCAGUAUUAGAAAAACUUUUGGGUGUCCCCUGUAAAGUCUUGAUCCAUGACAUGAAAGGAAAUGACCUGUGCCUUCUAUGUCCUUAUUCUGUAACUGAUAUGGUGUGGUUGCAUUACAUGACGUGUCCGUCCUCUGUCUCAAAAUCAAAUAUAAAUGCUGCUUUGAGGAGAAAAUUUCAUAGAUACUGUAUUUGAUAGGGAUGUUGCACAGGGAUAGCCAUGCUCUUUUUUGCAAAACCUUGAUCUAAGAAGAAAGAAACUAAAUGAAAAGUGUUAUUACUACAUACACAAUUUUAGGGUGUUAUUCUUUUAUGAUUGCUGCAACCUUUGAUAUUUUCUGACAAUAUAUACCAAGUAGGGACAUGUUUAGCACAUCCUUGUAACUAUCAGGACCUCUGCGCAUUGACACCCUUAUUGUAUUCACAAUUGUGUCAGAUCUCGUACGUGGGGGCUGGAGGCAUGGACAUUUGUGUCGUCACAGGGAACUUUUCCAGGCAUGUGUCUGUUCAUUAAGCAUGUCACAUAGAUCAGAAUGGCUUCCACACAACUACCUCUGAGGCCACUAGGGGGCGCUAGUCUAGGAAACCAUUAAGAGAUACAGUAACUGAUUGCCUAACUGACAUGAAUGCUAUGCAUGAUCAAACUCCUCUGCACGUUCUCUCUCUUUCUCUCUCUCUCUGUUCUCCUCCAUAACAACUGACCAUUCAUCAUUCAGUGACUUGCUGCCAUCUGACAUUCCAGCCCCUUGCCCUUUAACUGCUCACUUAUGUAUUGGAAAUAUUGUUAAAGUGACACAUUAACAUGUCAAAGCAAUAAGUAAAAUGCUAACCACAAAGUCUUCCAAUUCCAAUUGAUGGAGCUACUGUUUGAUGAAAUAUGGCGCUUUUCAAAGUCCUUAUUUUCUAAACUAAUGUACACAUCUAUCUGAUCAUGGAAAGAGAGACAAACAAAAGCUUAUCUGCUGAGAACAAAAUUAGCUCACUUGACUAACUUAUUAAUUUAUUUGUUUCAAUAAAGCUCUUUGGACUGAA